AUGAUGUCAGAAGGCAUGGAGAGUAGCGGCGGCAAUAUGGCCGUGACCAAACCGGUCGAGUUCAUCGACUACAACUGCGACAUAAGCGACUCCUUCAACGAGUACCUGAGGAACGAGAAGUUCGACAAAUUCGGCUUCCGCUACAAUGUGCUGUCGAUUCUGGGCUGCCAGAGCAGCGGCAAGAGUGGGUGUCGUCACUUCGUGGUCUCAGUUUCCGCAGGCUCGCUGCUCAACGCCGUCUUCGGCCUCAACUUCGACGUGAUGGACACCAAGCUGGGCCACAGCCAGACCACCAAGGGCCUCUGGGGCGCGUUAGUGCUGCCCGAGGACGACGAACAGCACAAUGCGACCCUCGUGAUCGACGUCGAGGGCACCGACUCCAGGGAGCGCGGCGAAGGCCGCCUCACCUUCGAGCACCGUUCCUCGCUUCUGUGCCUGGCCAUAUCCGACUGCGUGGUGAUAAACCUCUGGUACCACUCGCUGGGCAACCUUACGGGCUCGAACUACGGCCUGCUGAAGACGGUGAUGGAGGCCAACCUGGAGCUGAUGGAGGGAACUGACAAUUCGAUGGGUUCAGUAGAGUGCAAGACGAUCCUUUGCUUCUGCAUCCGCGACUGGUUCCCCGAGCUCGCCCCGCUCGAGACCGUCCGUGGCAAGAUUGUCAACGGCUACAUGCAGGGCAUCUGGAACGAGAUCCACAAGCCCGCCAGGUUCCAAAAUGCCUCCAUGGAGGAUGUGUUCCGCAUCGAGCUCUUCGGGUUUAACCACGCGCUUGCGCACAAGGAGGAGUUCGCCGCGGACGCCAGCAAGUUCAGGUCGGAGUGGCUGAACAGCAUCCGCCCAGAAUCGUACUCCCGCGCGGUGCCGUCCGACGGCUUCUUCUACUACGCCAGGAACAUUCUUAACACCGUUAAGGAGCAGAACCACCUGGAUAUCCCGACGCAGCGCGAGAUGCUGGCCAACUUCCGUUGCCAGGAGAUCAAGGUGGCCGUGCUCGCCGAUGUGGAGCCGAAGGUGGCGGAUAUGUUCGCAGAUGCCCAAUCAGGCAGCGUGGGCAACUUCAUAGAACGCGCAACCGAGGUUGCGGAUCAAGCCGUUGCGGCGUACCUCGAGUCUGCUUCGCGGUACGAAACGGAGACCAGCCAGAAGAUCGGGAAGGAGCUACUUCGGGCACUGCUGCAAAAAAUGCAGCCGACUUUCGACGCCCUAAUGGCGCAGGAAUGCUCAGAGAUGGCUCUCCAGGCUACUGUUAAGAUGGAGGAGAGGUUCUCGCUGAGCGGCAAGGGGCGUUCGCUGAUGGUGGGCGGCAGCCCCGCGGUGGAAGCGUGGCCCCAAUUCACGGAAGCCUGCGAAGCCAUCAGGCUGGAGCUAUGGGAAUCGCUGAGCCUUCAGAUGCAGAGCUAUUCGGUGAACUACAGCAACGACAGCGGCAUUUCAGUCGACUACUCCUUCGACACCACCGCCGCCAGCGACAUGUUCAACGUGACCUUCAAGAACGAGGUCGACGUGGUUAGGAAGCGCCACCUGCACGCGCUGCGCGAACAGAUCGCCGACCUCAUCGAUACCGGUUUCAAGGUGAUCGAGGCGGUGCUGCUGGAGAACGGAGUCACCAGCGAGAAGUACUGGGGCGCCGUCAACUCGCACAUCGAGCAGGCGUACCAGUCUUCUCUGGAUACUUACAGGUCGUGCUACGAGGGCUUGAUUUCGACUGUGCAGCCGCAGGAGUUCGAGUAUUUCACGUUCGUGGCACUGGUCGGACGCACUAAGGCCAACCUCGACCGUGUCGAGUCGCGCAUCACGGAAAUAAUCGUGGAGCGCUUCGAGCAGUUUUUCAUGUAUCAGGAGCGUGACGGCGAGUCAAUUCCCCGCGCGUGGGAGUCGUGCAGCGAGGACGAGCUGCAGCAGACCUAUGCCCGCUGCAAGAAGGAGGCGCUGAACGUGGUGGCCGUGAUCCGCGACAGCCGUCCUUCGAAGCUUAAGGUGCCGAGAUUUGACGUGUCGGAGCUGAAGCCCAACCACGUGCUCUACCGCGAGCUCAGCACCGGCGUGUCCGGCCUGGUGGGCGCCCAGUCGUCCCUCAGCGACGACAUGCUGGUUGACACCGUGAAGGCGUGCAAGCUGCGCUUCCACGAGCUCUACCACAGGGCGCACCAGAUCCAGAGCUACGCGCGCAGCGGCAUUUCGUGGAGGAACAUCCCUACGUACUUCUGGGUGCUGCUGCUGGUAUGCGCAUGGAACGAAAUCUGCACCGUGCUCCGUGUCAUUUUCAAGGUGCAGGUGCUCAUCCCGAUGAUCAUUCUGGUGUUUUUGGCCGUGCAGUACGGGUCAACAUAUGUGUUCGGCGAUUCGGCGAAAAUUUUCCGCAGGGUGCUGGAUCCUAUAAAGGCGCAGGUGCGUGGUAUGUGCUUCAAGGGGGCUCACUGGGCCUUGCGCGCUGCCUCCACGGCAGUUGCCACCGCCAGAGAUAUGCGCGGUGGCAGGAGGACAAGUAGCGCCUCUGUACCGGAGGACGACGAUGUCGGCGGCGCCAAGGACAAAGACAGCGCCCCUCCGAGCUGA